AUGCUAUGGCUCGGUAUCUUACCACUCAUUUUCCACGUUUCUGCCGCCCAAAAGAACGACUUUGACUUGUUAAGCUUUAUCAUACUGCCAGAAAUAAGGGCCUUGAAGUUUGAAAUUGAAAGUGUUGACCGUGAGCGUCAAAUUCCUGGUUACUGGUUCGUUGCGCCGUACGGUCAAAUUGACCCUGAGGCUCCGACGCACAGGUACGAGCAGUAUCAGGUUGGUCCAUAUAUAUACGAUAAUGAGGGAAUGCUUAUAUGGGCCGACUCCCCUCUCUUCAAUAAUCGCAACAUCUUCGAUUUCAAGGCGAACUGGAAUAUAAACGACGAGCCUCAUCUUUCAUUCAUUCUCCAGCAUCAGUUUGAUAAUUCAAACAAGGGAAGCGGCGUGAUUAUGGAAAAAACGUACCGGAUUGAACACCAGGUAGGAGUUACCAAUGAUGUCGGUGCUUUCAAUAUGUACGAGUUUAAUAUCCUAGAUGGUGAUCGCACUGCACUAGCAUGCACUUACAGGGAUAGGAUGACUGACUUGAGUGACCUGGAUCGACCGGAUGAGGACAGCUGGGUGAUUACGGGCGGAUUCGUGGAGCUGGAUGUUGAGACGGGGUGUGUACUAUUUAAGUGGGAUUCUCUGGACCAAGUCCCGCUGCAUGAAUCGGCUCGUUUCCACGCUUGGGGAAGCCCGGAUGGCAAACCAGGAUCGGAUUAUGUGCACAUUAAUGCCGUGGAUAAAAACGACGCAGGCGAUUACAUCAUCUCUCUGCGGUUCACCAAUACCGUCUAUAUGAUAUCGGGCAGAGAUGGGCGUAUCAUGUGGCGUCUCGGCGGGAAUGAGACCGACUUUGACCAAGACUUCACUUUCCACAAGCAGCACGACGUCAGGUUCCUGGAGUCGGACGGUAACCGCCAUAUAAUUUCUCUCAUGAAUAACGGUGCCGAUGAAGAUAACGCCGACGAACAGGUUUCAGCUGCCCUCUAUAUCGAACUGGACUCUAACACCAUGACUGCACGGGUGAUAAAGAGAACAGAACGUCCAGAUGGUGGUCUCACCCGGCUUCGUGGCAAUGUUCAGCAUCUUUCUAAUAAUAAUACUUUCAUCGGCUGGAGUGAAAGAGGUUACCAUUCGGAACACGCUCCAAACGGGGAUCUGCUCAUGUGGGCUCGGUUUGCAUCGACCAGAUUCUCCAGUUACCGGUCGUAUAAAUUCGACUGGAUCGGAAGACCUACUGCCCCACCCAACGUCGUUUCCGCGGUAUAUGGCACUAGUGAUGACGAUUUCCUGACCAUUAUCUACGUGAGUUGGAACGGGGCAACGGACGUAGCGCGUUGGGACUUCUACGCCCGGGCCUACAACGGCAGUGACAGAUUGUUCAUUGGAAAUAUCGAGAAGGUCAGCUUUGAGUCUAUGUUCCUCGUUGAUGGGUUCAUGGACUGGGUUUCUGUCGAAGUGGUUGAUAAAUUUGGAGCAGUCAUGGGGACUUCCCUUGAACAUCGCACCAACUUACCGACAAAUUGGAUUGGUCUAGAGGUAGACGAUCCAGCACUGCUCUUUCCAUCUAAUAGCAGUGUGAGUACAGGAACUGGAGAUGCGAAAGAGGCUGUAUACCAGGCCUAUGAGCUCUUGCGCGGUGUUGAAGGCUUUAUUGCUUUUCUGGUUAUUGUAUCCUGCAUUGGAUGUGGUUCAGCAGUCGUGAUGUAUGUUCUUCGCCGGCGGAAAAGUGUUUACCAGAAUAUUCCAUUGCACGAAGGUGAAAAUUUGCCUAUUAAGGAUAUUCCACUAUAUAUGAGCUCCGACAGUUAG